GAUGUCUGUGGAGGAUCAUGUAUCCCAUAGGUCCUCGCGCCAGGGCGGAAGACGCGCGGAGUGACUCUCUGGCUCGCACGCCUCCACUCUCCUCUCCCGACUGACGUUGGACAACAAAGAUGGCGGCAGGAACUAGCAAUUAUUGGGAAGAUCUCAGGAAACAGGCUCGACAGUUGGAAAAUGAACUUGACCUGAAACUAGUUUCCUUCAGUAAACUAUGUACAAGUUACAGCCACAGCAGUGCCCGAGAUGGAAGACGCGACAGGUAUAGCUCUGAUACAACACCCCUUUUAAAUGGAUCAAGCCAAGAUAGAAUGUUUGAAACAAUGGCAAUUGAGAUUGAACAACUUUUGGCAAGGCUCACAGGAGUAAAUGAUAAGAUGGCAGAAUAUACCAACAAUGCAGGUGUUCCUUCCUUGAAUGCAGCACUGAUGCACACGUUACAGCGGCACAGAGACAUCCUGCAGGAUUACACACAUGAAUUCCAUAAAACCAAAGCAAACUUUAUGGCAAUACGGGAACGAGAGAACCUCAUGGGAUCUGUACGAAAGGAUAUUGAGUCUUAUAAAAGUGGGUCUGGAAUAAACAACAGAAGAACUGAAUUAUUUUUGAAAGAACAUGACCACCUACGAAAUUCAGAUCGUCUGAUAGAAGAGACAAUAAGUAUCGCUAUGGCAACAAAAGAAAAUAUGACUUCCCAGAGAGGAAUGUUGAAAUCAAUUCAGAGCAAAAUGAAUACUUUGGCCAAUCGUUUUCCUGCUGUGAACAGCCUAAUUCAACGGAUCAACCUUAGGAAGCGGCGAGAUUCACUCAUCCUGGGUGGUGUAAUUGGCGUGUGCACCAUCCUCUUGCUGCUAUAUGCAUUCCAUUGAUGGGACAACUCCAGAGACUCGAUAACCGCCACUUUCGCACCAUGACCUGGAAUAAGGAAAAGGAGAAGUUGACGGUCUUGAUAAUUAGCCUGACCGACAGGAUUAAUCCGAGACUAAUAGCAGUGAACUCUGACAUGGUCAGGUUGAGCUGAAGCUGCAGUUUUUCUGUGCUACCUUUUCUAACACAUUUCCAUCUGGUUUCAGUUAUUAAAAAACAAACAAACCAUUUUCAGUUGAUUUUCCUCCCCAGGAGGUAAGUAAAUCAAUCAAAAGCAGUUUCGGUGUUUCAGUGAUAGUCUUGAGGGCUGUUGACAGGCCAGGUCUUACAGCCCAACUCUUCAGGAAACCAAGUUUCUCUUUAUCCAAAGACUGCUUUCCUUUCCAGCCAUCACAUUGGGUUGUGAGUAAAAGUAGUCCUUGUCCUAUUAUUUUAUCCUUAUGAGAAUUCACAAGUCGUCUUGUGAUAAUCUGUGUAUAAAUUUCUACUCCUCUGCCCCCCAUCUCUUGGUUUUCAAAGAAAAUUCCAUUUUGGGAGUUUUUUUUUUUUUUAAACCGUUCUUUGAGACGCUGACUAGCAAACUUCAGCAGAGUUGAAGUUAUCUAAAACAAAAGACAAACACUGCAAGAAAAACAUUUUUCUCUUUCUGUUUUGUGUAUGUUUGCACACACUGGGGUCAACUGUGUUACUGGAUAAAUAUCAAAAAUGAAAGACUUUUUUAAAAAUGAAUCAGUCAUUGUUUUGAUUGGGGGGGGCUAUUUUUUCCGCUUGGAAUAAUUACUACUACAGGAAAGUGAAAUCUCAAUUAUACCAUGACAAAAGAAACUAUUAAUGUCUAUCAGUGCUCCCAGCUAUUGCUCCUCAUGUCAGGAUUAAAGGAACUGAGGAGGCAGCUACUCAGUUUUCAGUGAAAUCUCUUCAAUAAACCACAUGUAAAGUUGUUAGGGUUCACCCUCCAGAUAAUGCCAUUUGUAUAUGCUCAGCUAUUUAUGAGCGAAAGUUUGAGAACUGCUCUGACUGGUGUACCAGAAGUACUGUGUUCUAUGAAAGGCUGUUCAUUCCAAAUCUCCUCCACUUUCCAAACACCCAGAGAAUGGUUUCACUGUUGAAGGUGCGUGCAGCAGAAUCGGUCUCCAUCUGCACCUCUGUUGUUGCCAUCCCUGGACAGUGACAAAUGUUAAACCUCCCACCAGAAUUUGAUUCAAGUUUAACCGCUUCUCAGUUCCUAUAAAUUUAUGAUCUAAAUGAACCAUCACCAAAAAGUUUGAAAAAUUCCAGCUUCUCCUCGCAAGGAAGACUGUUGUUCAUCAGUGAAAUUGACUAUGGUAUUUAUAAUAUUGGCUUCAAACUGUUCUACAGGGAACAAAAAGAUUCUAGCAUGUAGUUCUUAACUACAUAAUAGUGUGUCAAUACUAUAUUUCAAUGGACUUGAUUUCUAGACCCAUGGGUAGAUUAACCCUUGGUCUGGUACAGAGACUGAGAGGUUUUUCAUUCUGGUAUCAAAGUUGUAUUAUGUUCUGGGUCUGGAGGGAAUUUGAUAUUUUUUUUAAACAGGUUUAUUUUUCUAAAUAUGGGUUGAUUGAUGGAGUUAAUUGGGGAUGCCCUUAGAAGACAACUUAAGUUUUUCCCAAUGUGAACCUUAAAGAAUCAGGGAAGUAAGUUAAUUUAUUAAAUUCUCUGUUGAGAGAACAAAACUUCUCUCCCCUGAUAGUUUAUUAUCUUUGAUUUUUUUCAAAGAUCCUUGAUUGGUGGUUGUGCCUCAGCUAGAAUAUAUGGGACUUCGGUUGCUAUAUAGUUGGCAUUUAUAAAAUCUGAAGUAUCAUAAAUAAAGUUAUUUAUUUAAUUAUA